AUGCAACAAAUCAUUGAUAUGAACGAUAAUAAUAGACAACUAUUUACAUUCAUUGAAACCACUUAUGAAACACAUGAGCAACUAAAUGAGAUUUUACACGACGAGAAACGUAAUCCUCAACUUUCUGAUCUUGCUCAAGGUCUUGUCUUUCGGUGUCAUAUUAUUUACUAUAAACAAAUGUCUUCAGAUCACGUUCUUUCUGAUGACGAUUUACUUAUUUUCAACUUUCACCAUGCUCUAUUUGACUUUUCAUCGAUGAAUAUAUUUCUUCAUGACCUCAAUCAAGCAUAUACGACAGGUCAAUUAUUAUAUGAUAACAACACUCUCCUACGUUAUCUCGAUUAUGCUGUUAUUGAGCAACAAAUGUCAAUGACUGGUGCAAGUAUGUUUUGGCUUGAUGCUCUUCAUGAUUGUAAACUUGAUCAAUCAUUAUCACUACCAUUUGAUCGAUAUCGUCCUAUGAAUGAACAUCGAACUGGUCGUGGAACAUCUAUUUCAUUUGAUUUCGGACAAGACCUCUCAUAUGACUAUCUUAUUCAUGCAUCAUCAAAUAACAUAUCAGUUGAACAUCUCACAUUUGCUAUUUAUUUCAUCUUUCUCUUUAAACUAACCAAUGCACAAACAGAUUUAUGUCUGGCUAUGAACAUCAAUAAUAAUCGAUAUAGAGAUGAGUUCAAAUCAAUCAUUGGACUGUUUGAGAAUAUCAUUCCAUUGAGAUGUCAACUAGAUCCUCAUUGGUGUUUUCAUCAAUUACUCGAACAUGCUCCAGAGAUAAUAAGAAAUAGUUUGAAAUAUUCAUAUUUUCCAUUACAACGUAUUCUCGAUCAACAUCCACAUAUUUCAAAACAUGCAUUUCUCGAUACAUCUCUGGAGUUUAUAUCAUCCGAGAGUAACAAUGGCACCAAUGCAAUAAUGAUUGGUGAUUCUCGACUUGUUUCAGGACCUUUCCCAUUCAAGAUUAACGAAGAUGAGAUGUUAAGUAUUAUGGCAAUUGAAAUGAGUGGAAGUGUAUAUUGUCCACUGUCACCUAGAGAUCCACAAAAUCGUUUGCAUACACUUAUAGAACAAACUCAAAGUCGUUGUGUUCUUGUUCAUCAUUUAACUAAGAUUCAAUUCGAUGAUGAUAUUAUUUCACUUGACAUUGAUUUGGUUCUGACUAAUAUAAAGGUGGACGGCAUAGUUCAUAUCGAUGAGUUGUCAAAUGUAUUAGUAGCUCCAGACACAAUAGUUUACAUCGUCUUCACAAGUGGCUCAACAGGAACACCGAAAGCGGCUCAAGUUUUGCAUCAAAAUUUCAUUCAGUUAAUGCAUUCAUUAGUACGCGAUGAUGUAUUGAACGAACACGAUAUAAUUAUGCAAAUAGCGCGUUGUUCCUUUGAUCUUCAUAUUCAAGAUAUUAUUGGCACAUUAAUAACUGGAGCUUCAUUAGUGAUGCUACAUCUUGGAGGAACCAUCGACUUCGACUACCUUAUUGAGGUCAUCAAGACGAAGACUGUUACAUACUUCACAACUGUGCCAACUAUGUUUCAACAUUUGUUUAGUUUGUUGCAAAAAUCUAAUAAACUUACAGCUAUAAAAACACUACGAUCCCUUUGCAGCGGUGGUGACAUAUGUUCUGUCAAUCUCGUACACUUAAUCUUAAGUUCAGUCCCACAUUCUUGUAGAUUAUGGAACUUGUACGGUCCAGCCGAAGCAACUAUAGUUUCUACCUCCCAUAAAGUACAUAUUCAAACUAAUGUACGUAACAUCUCAAUCGGUAGACCACUUUUUAAUUACCGAUGCAUUAUUAUAAAUCAAUACUUACAAUCAUCUACCACAGCUCAAGAAGGAGAAUUGUUUAUAGGAGGAGUCGGUGUCUUUGCUGGUUAUCUUAGACGUGAUGAUUUAACUGCAAAAGCCCUUGUUGAAAUAGAUGGUCAACUAUUUUAUCGAACAGGUGAUCAUGUUACAAUGGAUAACCAUGGUCUUCUUUAUUAUCAAGGAAGAAAAGAUCAUCAAAUCAAACUACAUGGACAAAGAAUUGAACUUGGUGAAAUUGAACGAUGUUUACUUAGCAUUACAUCUCUAUCUGGGUGUGUUGUCAUGAAAUGGAAAGAUGAUUAUUUAGUUGCAUAUGUUCAAAGUUUUGAUGUUAAUGAACAGGAGUUGCGUGCAUAUUGUCAAUCUCAUCUUCCACCACAUAUGAUACCAUCCAUAUUUAUUAUACUUAAUAAGUUACCUUUGAAUCAAAAUGGAAAAAUAGACCGAAAACAACUUCCUUCACCUGUCUUUUCUUCUUCGACUUUGUUAUCAUCCUAUGAAUCUAAUACUCCUCUUAAUCAGUUCGAAGAACGUAUACACACUAUUUGGUGUCAAGUUCUUCAUUCUAAUCAAAAUCAAAUUUCUACAACUACCAGUUUUUUUAGUGCUGGUGGUCAUUCACUUCGCUUCAUCGAACUCUAUUAUCGUUAUCAGUCAUUAUUCAGUUUUGAUGCUCAUUCACUCUCGAUUGGUCUCUUUCUUCAGCAACCAACUAUUCGACAACAUGCACAACUACUUCAAACACUUCCAUCUAAUGAUACGCAGGCAACACGAUGUCAGAUACUACAUAUCAAUCAAGGUAAAACAUCUUUAAAUUAA